AUGCAAAGCUUUUUAAAAACUCCUAAUUUUGAUACUCACUUUUUUUAUAAAUCACCUUCUGAUUUGUAUCAAGAAUUCUCUAAUACCUAUGCUUAUUAUAAGCAAGCAAUUCAUUGCAACCCAACACCUAAUAAACAAAAAUUACUAAUUGAGACCUGUGCAGCAUGGAAAAAAAUAAGAAAUGAAAAUAAAACUUUUAUUCGUAAAAAGAUUCAAUUAUAUUUAACUAUAGUGCCUCAUACAAUUCGUUCGUAUAAUAGCCUUAUCAACUCCAAUAGUACUUCUAUAUCUGUAUUAGUUAGAACUUCAGAACAGCUAUCUAAUAAUAUAAGUAUUACUGCAAAAAAUGCAGUUAGGCAAAAUGAUGCAAUAACAAAAAUUAAAGAAGCAACACAACAAAUAUCUGAAUAUGAACAAGUAUUUAGACUUAUAAAUGAUCAAGAACUAGGAAAACUCAAACGUCAUGCAGAAGCUCAAGAAAAACUUAGGAAAAAAAAACAAAAACAACUUGAUGAAGAAGGCAUUAUUGAACAGUAUGACAAAUCUGGUCAGCCACUAGCAGCAAUAUUAGACUCGGAUAUUUGGGACAAGAUCCAUGAUUGUGUUGAAUUCAGAUCUGCUCAUGCUAAAAGGCAAAAAACAAUAAUUAAAGUCCCUCACCGUCAUCAUUAUCCCGCAAAAGUCAGUUUGGCAUCUGUAUCAAGAACUGAUAUGAAACAGCAUAUUGACGAACAUUACUGCUUGGCAUCCAUUAAGGUAGCUCAAAUUUUUGCUGAGGUAUUUGCAAGUGAUACUGUUGUCAUCUCUCAAGAUGACAAAGCAAAGAUUAGUUUAGGUAUUCCUGCAGUAGGCCGCAUGUUUAAGACUAUUCAAUCAGUAAAUGAACCUGUUACAACUGAAGAUCACGAUUUUCCAAAAGGAAAUAAAAUGAAACUUGUACUCUUAAUAUAUCUUCUUAUUGAUCCUACUAACUCAAAUACUACUCUUCGCACUGGGAAACUCGCUAUCUUUAUUAAGCCUGAAUAUUUUAUAAGCACAUCAUCAUUAACGCAUAUAACUGACUUAUUAAACCUUCCUGAUGAGAAUCCAAAGCAUUUUAAAAACAUUAUUGAAUAUUGCAACUUAUUCCAAACUCUUGAUCUUGAUUAUUUAAUUGUUCGAACACAUGCACCAUAUCAAAGUGCUUACAAUUCUGUAGAAUGCAGUAUGGCAUCUCUCUUAGGAAAGCUUGCUGGAAUUACUCUUCCUGUUGAUGAAUAUGGUGUACAUUUAGAUUCCAAAGGAAAUGUUCUAAAUAAAGAGUUAGCACGAUAUAACUUCAAAUUUUUAGGAAAAAAAUUAUGUGAUAUUUGGAGUAGAGAUAACAUAUAUGAUAAACCUGUAACAGUACAAUAUGUAGAUAAAAGUAGCCAACCAUUUGAUAAUAUUAAAUCUACAACAUAG